CUUCAUGUUUUCCAUCAGAUUUCCCUCUUUUUGUUUCUUCCAUUUUGCUCUUAGUUUUUCUGCCAUGGAAACAUGGUGUGCACCAAACCACUGGGGCUCUCCUGCCUGAUACUCUGCACAUUAUUAGUGCUUAACCUACAUUUCUGGAUAUAUGAUAUCCAGCAUGUGUGCUUUACGAAAUCAAAGUAGGUUGGUCUGGUAUUCCAGCUCCUGAUUCAAGCAUGUUAAAAUCUCAGCAUCAUGUUGUCAUGCCUCUACUUUCAGGCUUUUGCCCUUGAUGAUUUGGGUGGGUGUGGUCUCUUCUGUUACCCCUCAUCCUGAGUGAAGCCCCCUCUGUUACCCCAAACACGCACGCAUUCAAACUACGGCGAUGACACACCAUUCCAACAAUGUUCGAGACCAUAUGAAAUGGGCUGGGUUGCUGGGCUGCGAGGCCGUGCUGUCCAGCAUGGCCCUGAUGCAAGCCAACAACAUUCCAGGCCAGAAGAAGAUGAUGUCAUCCUUGGGUCAGGGGCAUAGGGCCAGUCCCGAGAGCCACCAAACCCAUUCACAGCACAGCCACAACCACCACGGGCACCAGGUUCACCAUGGACAACCCCACAACAGCCACAUGGGCCAUCUGUCAGCUGGGAGCUGUCCACCACUGCUGAUUAGAAAGGAUGGGGAUUAUCACACAUCAAGAGUGAUGGAUGAAAAGGACAUGCAGGCAAACCAGAAUAUGCAACCCAAGAAAAAGCACAAAAAAUCAGGGUCAUCCCACAAAGUUAAAGAGAAAGUGGAGCCUUUACUUCCCCCAAUUGAUAUGGAUGUCGACAGUUCCUUGAAAGUCCAGAAGAACUUCAUCUGUGACCACUGCUACGGAGCUUUCCGGAGCAGCUACCACCUCAAGCGACAUAUACUAACACACACAGGGGAAAAGCCAUUUGCUUGUGAUGCGUGUGAUAUGCGGUUCAUUCAGCGUUACCACCUGGAUAGACACAAGAGGGUGCACAGUGGAGAGAAGCCGUACCAGUGUGAUCGCUGUCAUCAGAACUUCUCACGGACAGACCGGCUGCUGAGGCACAGACGGUUGUGUACAGUUGGAAUAAGCAAAGAGGAAAACCAGUCGUGCUGUGACAGUCGCGCAUCGGGGUACUCACAGGACGCAUCAGCCCAUCCGGCUUCUUGGAGCCCCCUACAGCCUUCCAACAACCGCCUGACUGUCUGACCCUCAGUCCCCCUCAAAGACCCUACAGACAGUCUGCGGCUCAGUAAUGUCGCACAUUGAAGGUCAACAGUACUGUAACCUGACAACAGCCUAGCUUAAACACAACCAAACUUUAGUUUGCUCUCACCGGCUCCUUCAUAAAGCUUUAUAGUGGAUUUUUGUACUUUUUUAAUGUACUGUUACAUUCAUGGUACAGGUCGAAGGGGAAGGACUAAUUCACAUCCUUGGUCAACAGUUAACAUUAUUAUGGCAAUAACUGAAUGAUGAAUGCACACAUCCUUUAUUUGAAAAGGUUUUUCGUUAUUGCUGGCAAGGGUUUGCAAGUAUUUUUGACUGCAUCAACUGCUAAUGUAUCGUGUAGCACCACUUGGGUAUCCUGCUGAUCUGCAAUCAACCCCAGCGCUGCCUGCUACUACAUAUGGACAAUUCACUGAAGAACACAAAAACAGAACCAAUUCAAUUCCUACUCAUUUUAUGUUUCUUCUACUACUAAUCAUGCACCAGACACAGCUGAUAAGAGAAAAAUCACAGCAGAUUUGUGGUACGUGCUGCCUUGAGGUUGUGAUUAGCCACCUUUCUAAAAUACUGUAGUCGUUAUGUGUUUAAUACAUCUGACACUGAUCCAAACAUGGAAGGGGCUUAUUACAGAAUAAAUGCAAACCAUUCAUCCAUUUUUACUUCAUGUGCAAGACUGCCUUUCCCCAACACAAGUCUUACAUGGAUCUCAAUGGAUGUCUUAAAACAGUUCUCAUCUGCUAUCUGUCCUGCUGUUAAAGUGAAAAACACUAAAAGUUAACUAGAUGCUCCUGAAAUGUAAAAAAAACAAGCUUAGGUUUUCAACUAGUUUAUGUAGACUGUUUGCAUACACACGAACUGUUCUACCUUGUUUAAAGGGUUUUGUCUUUACUGUUAAGUUACAGUGAUGAAGCUACCGUAGCAGGUGACAGCUCACUUUUUUUUAAUUAUCAUAGCAACAUAGAACAAAGUUAGUCUGCUUUUUUUUUGACUGUAACUGGAUCUAUGAAGCACCUGUCUACUGCAAAAAUGAGAUGAUUCUUAAAUAAUCCCCUCAAUUUAGAUUCAGUUUGUUUGCUAUCUCUCUGUUUCCCCACUUCUGUCAGUAGAGUCUCCUGCUCAGUCUUCCGUCCUUGCAGAAGUAUUUUGGUAAGUGAGGCUGAGAGUUGUGAGCCGACAGCCUGUUCCCUGUCACAAGUUCAACAGCCUGUAAAAUAUUUUCAAAACAGACAGUUGUAAGGCUGCCUGUUCCAUUUUUACUGGAGUUACCGGGGAACUUUUUUUUUUUAAAUUGUCAUUGCUCAUAAAAGUGGCCCAGAUGAAUUCAAACAUUUUAAAAUCAGAUUUGGCUCAUCCAUACAUUUUUCUUGACCUGACUGAAUGUGAUCUGAGUACAGUGCCAUGUCACUUCAUCUCCAUUUUAACCUUUAGCAUCUUCAGUGAAGAUGACUAAUUUUAUGUGGUGGACAGGGGAAUAUAAGGUCCAUGUGGUGUUUGUUUAUGAUGAUAACCUACAUUAUAUCAUAUUCAGGCCUGUGUAUGGUUGAAUCAGUCUAUAAACACUGGACUGAAGACAUUAGCUCAAUUGUAGAGGAACACAUGAGUUUAACAGUUGUGAUCUGUUUAGACUAAUGUUUUAUAGUAGACUGGUAGUUUUGUUGCUGUCAGACUUUUAGAUCACUGACUUGUCUACUGCUUAUGAAGUUAAUAUAUAUUUAAAUUGUAGGGGUAGAAAAUAGUAUGUAUGGGGCCCACACACACUCCAAAAGAUCAAAGUAUUUACCAAUUUCUGAACUGGAGUCUGAUGAUUUCUUAUGGCAGCUGAAGAAAGUCCAAGGUGAGACAUUCUUCAACUUGCUAUUCUCUCGCCCUUUUAGUAUAGCAGCCAUGAUUAGUUGACAUACUUUUUAAAUUUUAUUUUGCAUGUGUUUGUUGGAGGAUUUGUAUACAUUUUGUGAAAUUUUAUAAAAUGUGAGCUCCACCUUCUUAAGUCAUUUCAGGGGUGAAGUGAAGUAAAUUUUGACUCUGUAGUGGAUGGAGUUUUAGGGCCCCUAGUCUC